CACUUUUCUCAUGCUGAAGUUGCUCUUCUGUCUGUUGGUGCGGUGAUCAUAUGUUUAUGCUACUUUCACUUUUCUCAUGCUGAAGCUGCUCUUCUGUCUGUUGGUGCGGUGAUAUGCCUAUAGUUGGAAAAUGUCUGCGAUUUAUAAGCAUACUUAAAACAUAACAUGGAUCUCGUACGUCUAAUGAAGCCAGGUUGAAUUGCACAUUAACAAGUAAGUACCGUUUUGAGUCAAGUAGAGAAGUCGUUUUGUGUGUCCACCUAGUCUUUUAUUUUUGUUUUUGACGGUCAUUUACAUUUUUUUUAUCCGUGCAUCCAUCGAUCGAUCUUUCAAUUUGUUUUUCUUACGGUAUCGUUAGGUGUCUUUAAGUACUUAAUUAGUAUAAACAACAACGGUUAAAUUACGAAAAAUGAAAAUGUUCUCUUCUGCAAGAAAUCGUCGCCUCUCCACCUUCUGCGUCAGCUGCACUGCGUUUGGACUCCUGCUUAGUCUUGCAAGUCAACCAGCUGCAGCUGCACAGGCUACCUUCACGCGAGCAUUCGCACGUCCUCUUUUUUCGGUUCGUCGUGCUCGUCCCGCACGGUUUCCGAAGGGUCGUGGACUUUCAGGGACGUUUGGGACAAUAGAUUCGACAGGAAGUAGCAGGACUCAAUAUCAAGACAAAGAUAGUGACCUGUGGGCUAAAAUCAAAGAACGGCAACAACAGGAAAGGAAAAAAGUACACAAGAAAGGUGAAGAUGAUCCAGACUCGCAUGACGAGGUUGAUGAAGUAGCAUCUGCGACGACAAAGGAUGAAGUAGAUCGAGGACCAUCUGGAUCUCCUGCAAUAGUUUAUAGCGAUGACAUAAUUCGUGCGACAGAGGCGCGGACGACAUCAGAGCAGUCUUCAGGCGUUGGUGGAACAACGCUGGAAGAAAUCGGGUCAUCCGACGUUGAAAAAGACGAGUCUCCGGCAUCCUCUACUAGUACUUCAGAAAAGCCUCCAGUGAGUUUCUCUCAAAAAAGCAUAGGGAACUGGUUUCUUCCAUCUUCCGAUACAACUAGUGCGGAAAAUGCGAAGAACGAUGCUGACGACGACGAACCUAGUUUCUGGGGGAUUGGGUAUCCACACAACGUAGAUGGUAGUGGAGGAUCAUAUGGUCAUGGAGGAGGUGGACAUGGCUUCCAACGCGCAGAGGAUUUUUGGAGCCAGCAGGAACAUGAGGAACCGAUAGUACGUGUUGCUGAGAAUCAUGGAAGCAAAGGGGAAGAUGACAUGUCUUCAGAUGUUGCUUCAAGCACACCUCGCUGGUGGAUGGAUCGUUCUGGCAGUAGAACAUCAUUAUGGAAACGGGAUCCCGAGGAUGACGCCUUGUUCCGUAACACAACUCUCUUGUUCCCUGAAGAUCGUGUCGACAGAAGAAGAUCGUCUACGACGUAUAGUGGAGGAUCCAAGCAGGAGCACAUGGAUACUAGAUCACCUUAUAGAAGUUCUGCAGCAUCUGCAUCUAGUACACCAUCCCCUUUGGCUGGAGUUGCACAGCCACCGCUUGGAUCUGCGGCCUCUCCUAUUGCCCCUGCGUCACUGGCGUCUUCACACACCCUGAUGCCUCUCUCUUUCUUGGCUCGUAACAGUCGAAACAUUUUCAUAUCUUCUGGCGAUCAGGCGUCUUCUAGAGACCGUCGUGGCGUACAUUCCAGUGUGUAUAGCCUGGAGGUACCUGACGAGGAAACAAACGAAAAGAGUGGUACAAGAACUGGGGGCUCUACUUCUACUUCUACUCGUUCUACUGAGACACCACCAGUUCUUGUAGCAACCAGUCAAAAAGACAUCAAGGUGGCAGUAGUAGAACACGAGGAGGAUGAUUUUUGGGGUCCUCCUCGACCUCUACGUUGCGGAGUGACGUUACAGUGGGACAACUCCUGUGGCAACAUUGAUUUGCCGUUGACAGAGUAAUGAAUAAGCACUGAUGUUGAUCUUGAUGUUGAUCUUGACUUCUAGUAUUAUACUUUCUUGUUGUUCUGAAAAACCCUUCUUGCCACCACCUUGACUUCAUUCUCUUGUUUUUUUUUAGAAAAUCGAACAAGGAACCUAACACCAUGAUUCUAGACAUCUACUCGUUUUCUUAAAUUACCGAUUACUAAUCGCAUGUGCCUUAUUUACAAGUCAGUGUUAGCAAAGCAAUGCAAAGGUAGCGAUCACAAGGUCGGUUUGUACCUGAAUAGAUGACGAUGUAGAUGAUGGCUCUUCGGUUUUCUUUUGUAAUUGAUUGCGUUUGCGAAAAUUAACGAAAGUGACACCUAAAGAAGUGACGAGGAUGAUAGAUUGUCAUCGCAAAUGCUGUUGAAACAAAUGACAGGAUAAACGUGAAAAUAUGACCAUCACUUGGUCAGAAGUUGGGAACGUACAAGAUGAUCCACAUAUUUGGUUCGAACAUUUCUGUUCUAUUCGUUGCACUUUGUCGAAUUGGUUUUGAUGGAUUUUUUCACGCCUGGAUGAACGCCAUAAUCCGACGACAAUAUAACGACCGUGAGUAGGCCUCGCUUCUCACAAAUUUACUGCUGCUCACAGAUUUUCUGCUUGGCCCCGUCUCGGGUAUAUGCCGGGCCGGCGCAUCGUCCGUGAAAUGUAAGACUUCCCUGCGCCCACCCCAGCUGGUGC